UGAAUGUAAUAAUUAUUUGGCAUUUGGACAUUAUAACUUUCAUUUGCAAAAUAUGUUAAACAACAAAGAAAAUUAAAAACAUUGUAAAUAACAAGCAGGCUUUAUUGCAAAAGAAACGAGUGGUAUAUGCUUUUUUAUGAGUAGCCAUUUGUAGAUAUGUUUGUAUACAUACUAACAUUUGCGAACAUACGGAAAAAGAUACGUUUAUAACAACCAACAAAAAAAUUGUUUAACGAAAAGGAAUAAAAUUUGGUUCCCAAAUAAAAAAAAGGAAAAAAGGGUUUUAGUGUAACUUGUUCUGAACUAAAUUAAAAAAAAAAAAUAAGUGGUAAAAAUAUUUACAAGAUACGUGCAUCCAUAUGUGUGCAUGUCUGGGAUCGAUAUAUGUAUAUUACAUUUCAUAAUUCCUAAGAUUUACACAAAAAGAAGAAUAUAAAAAAAGUAAAUAUUUAUUUUAGCUAUUUAAGCAUAAGCUGCUUCAAUCUGAUUUAACUGCCAACUGUCUUACCUUUUUGUUGUUUAGCCUUUUACUUGACGUUCCGAUAAAAAUAACUUUUUGUGGGCAGAAGGAUUGUGACUUAAGAAAAAAAUUAUCUUUGUAUAGUCCAAAUAGUCUUGACAAUGCGCUUGAAAAAUGUAAGGCGCUCAACAUGGGAAAAAAUUAAUCCAGAAAUGCGACCUGCAAUACCGGCUGGUAUAAGAGUGGUUCGGGGACCAAAUUGGAUUUGGCAAAAUCAAGACGAAGGAGAAGGCCACGUUGGAACGGUUUGCGAAAUCGGACGUUUAGGAUCAACGCAUUCUCCCGAGAAUACUGUAGUCGUAAAUUGGGAUUCUGGCCAUAGAACGAAUUAUCGUGUAGGAUAUCAAAAUCAGUACGAUUUAAUUAUAGUGGAUAACGCUCAAGUUGGAGUACGCCAUUCAAACGUAGUUUGUGACGGUUGCUCUAAAGGCGGUAUUGCUGGGAUUGUGUUCAAAUGUGCACAGUGUCCAAACUACCACCUAUGUUCGUUCUGUUAUGGAGCUGAUUUUCAUGAUAAGGAUCAUGCAUUUAUUCGAUAUACUACGCCAACUUCAUUAGGUGUACGAGUUCCACCCAGGAAUGGAGCCAAACGUAUUCAACUAAAAGGUAUAUUCGUUGGAGCAAAGGUUGUUCGUGGGCCGGAUUGGGAAUGGGGACAACAAGAUGGAGGUGAAGGCAAAACUGGCCGUGUUAUUGAGAUUCGCGGUUGGGAUAAUGAAUCUUGCAGAAGUGUGGCGAACGUUUCUUGGGUUUCUGGUUCAACUAAUGUGUAUAGGCUGGGACAUAAGGGCAACAUUGAUUUAAAAUAUGUGGUACCUACAUCUGCUGGUUAUUAUUAUAAAGAUCAUAUGCCCGUAUUAGGUCAACUUGAGGAGCAACAGCCGGUCGUUGCCACAAUUAAGCCAAUGUUUUCAGUAGGGGAUCGAGUAAAAGUUUGCUUGGAUGUAGAUGCCUUGAUUAAACUACAGCAGGGUCAUGGUGGUUGGAAUCCUCGUAUGCUUGAACACCUUUCUAAAUUAGGAACAGUUCAUCGUAUAACCGAAAAAGGGGACAUCCGAGUACAAUAUGAAAGCUGCCCAAAUCGUUGGACUUUUCACCCAGCCGCCUUGGUGAAAGUUGUUUCAUUUCGUGUUGGGGAUUUGGUAACUAUAAUAAAUGAUGCCGCUAAAGUGCAACAACUGCAAAAAGGACAUGGUGAAUGGAUAGAACUAAUGCGUUAUGCUCUUGGCAAACUUUGUAAAGUAGUGAAAGUGUAUUCUGAUGGUGAUUUGAGAAUUGAACAACUAGAUGAUGGAUUUGAAUGGACUCUUAAUCCAAAGUGUGUUAAAUUAGAACGUUCACCAUUAGCUACAGCGGCCGAGCGUUCGAACAGUAUGAUGGAUCUGAGCCAUCGUCGAACUGAUCACGUGAUGACACCGUUGUCUGGUUUGUCUGGAACAUCAAUGGUGGAUAAGUUAGUUCGCGAAGCCGCUCAAGGUCAUCUGGAUUUUGUAAAGCAGCAUCUUAACGCUCAUCCUGAUCACGUUAAUGCGAUGAGUGGAGGUAAAACAUGUAUUCAAGUAGCUGCUCAUCAAGGCCACGUGGAUAUAGUAAAAUUUUUAAUAGAUAAAGGUGCUAAUGUAAAUGUAAUUGACAAAGAAGGCGAUUCAGUGCUGCAUUAUGCUGCAUUUGGCAAUCAGCCGGAAACUAUGCGUGUUUUACUUCAGAAUGGCGCUGAUAUCAACUACCUUAAUUCAAGCCAUUGCUCAGCCCUUCAUAUAUGCGCUCAUAAAAAAAUUCCACAUUGUGUGCGGGAACUUUUAACUUUUGGCGCUGAUGUUAAUAUUCAAGAUUCUUAUGGAGAUACUGCGCUGCACGAUGCGAUUGGAAAAGAAAACUCUGAAGUCGUUGAGCUUUUGUGCGCUGCUCGCAACCUUGAUUACACAGUGAGAAAUAACAGAGGUUUUAAUGUUCUUCAUCAUGCUGCACUUAAAGGCAACGCUUUGGCGGCGCGUUACAUACUGCUACUCGCUCGUCAGUUAGUUAAUGUGAAGAAGGAUGACGGAUUUGCCGCUCUUCAUUUGGCUGCUCUUAAUGGACAUGCGAACGUGGUAGAGGUAUUAAUUAAGAUUGGGCAAGCGGAAAUAAACAUACAUAAUAACCGUCGUCAAACACCUUUUCUAUUGGCGGUUUCACAAGGACAUUCAGGAGCUAUAGAAAAGUUGGUGAAACUAGGAUGUGAUAUAACCGCACGAGAUGAAGAUGGAGAUAAUGCCAUGCAUUUGUGUGUCAUUAAAAAAACAAAUCUUCUGCAAGCAGCUGAACCUGUGAAAAAAGAUUCACCCGAAAUUUAUGCGAUUUAUGAAAAUUUAUCUUAUUUGACUGAGGAUCGCUUAAUGUACGCGAUUCUUUGCUAUUUGUCUCGCCUUGGCUGCCGAAUUGAGCAAAACAACAAGGGAGUUGUCAUAUUUGAAUGGAUAACAGACCAAAGCUUAAAGAAACUAAUUUUAGGAUAUCAAAGUACUUUAUCUUCAAAUGUUCUGCAACCACAAACCCUUAAUUCUAGUAGAGAAAAUGCGGACAAUUUAAUACAUGGCAUGCAGUCGUUAAAUUUAAAUGAGUCUCUCGAUGCAGACACAACAAACAGCUUCACCAAUAUCAGCGAUGAUACAUCCAGUUUGAAUCCAAUUCCAAAACAAAAUAUUCUGUUAAAUUUAGCGCUGCGUAAACAGUCACCAAAACAACAAAAAAAUGGUGUGCUAAAUAACGAAAUGCCAACAUCGACACCAGACGAAGAAUUUGAAGGAGCCGUCGCGAUUCGUCAAGGCGAGGGAAGUUUAUCUGAGUUACCAAAUGUCGCCGAGAAGGACAUCGAGAGUGGAAUCGAUAAUUCAAUUGGGCCCCGGGAAUGCAUUGUAUGCGACGAAGUCCUCCAAUUAAUCAAGUUUGAACCCUGCCAACAUCAAAUUUCGUGUGAAGAUUGCGGUAAACGAAUGAAAAAGUGCUUGCGGUGUGGGGUGCAUAUAGAGCGAAGAAUUGAUGUUAAUGGCCGUAUUAUACCAAAUGUUGAUACAACAAGUACAGCAUCUGUGGAUCGAUUACGCUAUUUAGAAAAUAAAAUACAGGAAUAUGAAGAAUCGCACUAUUGUAGUAUAUGUAUGGAAAGGACACGUGAUGUUGCUUUUCUUUGCGGCCAUGGAGCAUGUUCGCGUUGUGCAGAAACCUUACGUACAUGCCACAUGUGCCGGAAGACAAUAUUGAGGAAGAUCAAUCUGUACUGAGCUAUAGCAAAAUCAGGCCUAAAAAAUUAAAAAUUAUUAAGUUCGUAUCUUCAACACUGAUAUUUAUUAGUUACUUGUAUUUAAUCAUUUAUAGCUUACGAAGAAAACAGCAGGCACUUUCAAAUACCUAAAUUUAAUCCAUUUGGAAAAUUGCAAAAGAAAUGUUUUUAGACAUGUUGUCAAGGAAAUGCAAUAAGUGCACAUAUGUAUAUGUAUUUUGUCAUAUAAUCACUUGAUUGAUAUAACUAAAGUUUCAUUAUUGUAAAUCAAAUUAUGUAUAUAAAAAUAAAUUUCGGGUUAUAAAUAGAGGUUUGAAUUAAAAUACUUGCUUAUGCGUAAUUUUUAUUGAUGGUAAUCACCAGUAUUUUUACUUUACCAUAAUUUUCAUUUUAAAGCCAUCGCUCUACAGUCCCAGAAAUAGGAAGCGAUCUAGAUAAUUUCAAAUGAUUACAAGAUAAACGGUCUAGCCAUCCUAAUCUAUGUUUUCAGUGUAAUUAUUGCCAAACUCCUGAAAU